CACCAUGACUUUUGUCAAACAUUUACAAUACAAAUGAAGACAAAAUUAGUGAGCAGAAUGUUCCCUAAAACCUGCAGCAAGCACAACAUCCGACGCACCGUGCUCGGCACCUGCGUCGUGCUGGCCGCCGACGGCGGCGCCAGCGGCGGGGCUCGGCCCCACAAGGUGACCAUCACCCUUUGCCGGCGUCGGGGGUGCUGGCGAGCCCUCAGCUCGCGGAAGGUGGCCGCCUUCGCCUUCCCGGAGGCGUCCGGCCCCACCUCCGUCACUGCCCCGCUGGACCUGGAGUACCUCUUCAGGUGCAGCGGGAAACCAGACGCCGAAGCCACGCAGAUCAAGAUCUGUGUGGCGUACCGCCGCGGUGCAACUCGCAAGGCCCGCGUUAGCCUGGAGGAGUUCCUGGAGGCGCUGCUGGAUGGAGGGCGACCUGGCAGCUUCUACUUGUACAUCUAUGAAGACAAAGUCGGCCUCCAGCAAGCCAGUCAGCAGUUCCAGGCCCUUCCCACAACAUGGCCACUGGAACAGAAACCCGACAAGGGAAAGAAGGCCAUGUAUACUGAAGGAAACACCGCCAAUGAUGAAGACACCUACAACGAAUGGAAAGUUUACCUAGAAAAGGUGUUUGCGGUGGAAGAUCAUGACGAUGACACUUACAAUGACGAGGACACUUACAAUGACGAUGACACCUACAAUGAUGAAGACACCUACAACGAAUGGAAAGUUUACCUAGAAAAGGUGUUUGCGGUGGAAGAUCAUGACGAUGACACUUACAAGGACGAUGACAUUUACAAGGACGAUGACACUUACAAGGACGAUGACACUUACAAGGACGAUGACACUUACAAUGACGAUGACACCUACAGUGAACGGAAGGAUCUCCCGGAAAGGGUGCUUACGGUGAAAGAUAAAGACUUUGGCGAGGCGGCGCACGAGGUUGUGGGUGUCGAUGCAACAGAAGAGGAGGAAGCCUCAAAUGUUCCUGCCGCGAAAGAGGAAGAAGAAGAAGCCUCUGAUGUUGGUGACGCAGAAGAGAAAGAAGCCUCUGAUGAUCCUGCCGCAGAGGAUGAAGAAGCCUCUGAUGUCGGUGCCGCAGAGGAUGAAGAUGCCUCUGAUGUCGGUGCCGAAGGAGAGGAGAAAACCUCUGAUGUUACCGCCGCAGAGGAAGAAGAAACCUCUGAUGUUCCUGCCGCUGAAGAGGAAGAAGCCUCUGAUGAUACCGCCGCAGAGGAGGAAGAAGCCUCUGAUGUCGGUGCCGCUGAAGAGGAAGAAGCCUCUGAUGUUACCGCCGCAGAGGAGGAAGAAGCCUCUGAUGUCGAUGCCGCUGAAGAGAAAGAAGCCUCUGAUGCUACCGCCGCAGAGGAGGAAGAAACCUCUGAUGUUACCGCCGCAGAGGAGGAAGAAGCCUCUGAUGUCGGUGCCGCUGAAGAGGAAGAAGCCUCUGAUGUUCCUGCCGUAGAAAAGGAAGAAGCCUCUGAUGUUACCGCCGCAGAGGAGGAAGAAGCCUCUGAUGUCGGUGCCACAAGAGGGGAGGAAGCCUCUGAUGUCGGUGCCACAAGAGGGGAGGAAGCCUCUGAUGUCGGUGCCGCAGAAGAGGAGGCACCCCUGCACGGAGAAGCCUCUCGGGGCGAAGUCCAUUCACCAGUGACCGUCCCUGCCGCCCCCGCCACAGCUUCCCUCGCCUACCGCAGCCUCACCGUGGCGCAGAGAUUCAUCUCCCGCCUUGCAGGACCCAGUGACCGCCAGCUGGAGGACCUGCGGCGGAGCCACGGCGUCAGCAUCGUGCGGGUCAGGCGAACCCUGCAUAUCAAGGGCGACAGGGACGCCGUCCUGCUGUGCCACCGACAUAUACGUGACGAGAUCGCCGAGUGGCGGAGGCGCGAGGCCGCUGAGGCUCAGUAAGCGAGCCACGGACAUGCCUGUGACCCGUGACGGCCGCCUUAGUACCAUGUUUCUUAGCAUUUCUUAUCAUUUCUUGUCUUUCUUAUCAAUCUAGAUA